CACGUCGCAAUGCGCCGCUUGCAUGACAGCGGCAUGGGCGUCAAGAGGAUCGCCGCGGCCUUGAGCCGCUCCACGGACACCGUCUCGAAGCAUUUGUUCAAAAAGAACACGACCAAGAAGUCCAAGGGCCGCCCGAAGCAUUCCAUCCGCACCCCAAAAGGGUUUCUCGCUGCCCAGCGCGCUUACAAGAAGCUUCUGAAGUCCUCGGGCGGCACAAAGGAAGUGACGGCAGCCAUGCUGAAGUCCGAGAUGAAGUUGAAAUGCGACAUCAAGACAGUGCGCCGCGCGUUUGCUGAGAAUGGCUACCAGUUCCGCCCGCUGUACGAGAAGCCUGACCUUUCUGAUAGUGACAAGAAGGAGCGCCUGCAGUGGGCCCGCGAGCACAAGCACCGGAGCCCCAGCCAGUGGUCACAGUACGUCCACGCGUGCAUGGACAACAAGGUGUUCCAGGUGCUGCCCAAUGAGAAGUACAGGAAGGUGGCGGCAAAGCGCAAGGUUCGCGGGGUGUACAGGAAGCGCAAGCGGGACUUCUCCGUGGGCCACGUCAAGCCGAGCAACCCUAAGGUUCUCGGGCUGGCGCAAAUCGGAGACCGCGCCGCGGCCACUCAGCGCCAGGUUCUGAAGCAGAGUUCGGGCAAGGGCUCCGUGACCAUCGCGUGUGCCAUCGGCGCGGGCAAGGUGUUGAUGUGGCACCAGGUGGUCGGCAGGUGGAACGCCGCAGCCGCGGGGCGAAUGUACUCGGGGGCGCUCCAGCCCGCUUUGAAGAGGGCCUACCCUUCAGUGCGCGGCAAGUUCCGCGUCAUGGAAGACAACGACCCCACGGGCUACAAAUCUCGCUCGGGCAUGGCGGCGAAGAAGUCCGCUGGCAUCCAGACGUUGGACUUGCCGAAGCGGUCCCCUGUUCUGAUGCCGCUUGAUUUCGCCUUCUGGGCCAAUCUGAACAAGCGCAUGAGGGGGCAGGAGAAGGACUGGCCCGCGAGCAAGACGGAGACGCGGGCGCAGUACCUGGCCCGGCUGCGCCGCACGGCGUUGGCGACGCCUUCUGAGAACAUCCACAGCAUCAUGGGCAGCCUGCACAAGCGCUGCGGCUUGUUGGUCGAGGCGAAGGGCGGCCACUUCGCCGAGGGCGGUGGGAACUGA